AUGCACAAAGCUCGAUUUCUACGUUACUACUCAAAAUUGGGCCAGAGCGUUGCGGAGGCAGCGAAGCCGGGAGUUAUUGAUUCCGUCACCAAUAAUGAAUCAUAUAAAAGUUUCUUUGAAGACUUCUCCAAGUCGGUUAUGUCGCAGAACAAGCUGUCUUCAAUCAGCGAACAGAAGACGUUUGGUAAGGUUUUCGACUACCUCAUGAAGAAAACGAAGCCAGUUGGUGUUGCAGAGACUUUGAAAGAGUUUUCGAACAUUAAUGACCAGCAGGCAAAGAAUCCGGUGGGCAAGAAGUUUGUGGAUCCAAGACCUUACUCUUUCAACUUGGAAGCAUACAAAACGAAACUGGAGUAUAAAAAGACUCUGCUCGAGAGUUUACAACCGACUCUCACAUACAUCGACGAAAACGUGCAGACAAACGAAGAAAUGAUCGCAUUUAUUAAAGACACAGUUAUUGACAGGUUUGCACAGAACCGCUCGUCAAAGCCGGGAGUGCCUCCCGAUCGGAACGAGUUUUUCGUCUCUAUUAAAGCCGAAUGCGAAAAGUCGCCCCAAAGUCCACCCAUCAACAUGAAAACUCUGCCCGUGUUGCUGGAAUACUGUCUAAACUCGCUGACUUACGAUUUCAGCAGCUUUGACGAUACUCUGCUGAUUCUGGACUACAUCAGAGAACACAAGUCGAUCUUUGUGUACGAGUUCGGGCUCAACAUCGACGUUUACAACUCCAUCCUUGUUCAAGUGUGGAAACAAUCAGAAAACCUGCAACUAAUCAGCAGACUGGUGGACGAAAUCAGCAAAAACGCUAUCCAGCCCGAUCUGCUCACAUACAAGAUUCUCGCGGAAAUAUACCUCCGGUGUAUGAAUGUGGACGACGAGUCCGUGGCAAGGUACUACCUUCUCUGGGGAAACGGGACCGAUCUCCACCGCAUCAAGAACUUCUUGAACAACAUCAAGUCCGUCAUGUAA